AUGUUAACGGAGCGGAAAAUGCAACUUUAUUUUGAUUCGGAUCCACGGACGUCAACUGAUGACGCCCGCCGCUUCUAUCUGAUGGGAGGUGUCGGGGUGACGCGGGACAAGAACCGAUGCCGCUGUAAAGGAUCUAUGAAAAGUAGAUUUGUCGUUCUUUCCUCCUGCAGCAGUGGGAAAAGGUGGUCCAUACGGACUACGGCGGUCGAUAUAUUUCUCCGGGCCCGCCUCUGCAUAUUCCAUAGCAGAGAAACAAUGCCACGUCCAAGCUCAGUAUUCUCAAUCAUACACGACGGAGUCAGACCGAUUACAUCAAAAAAUAGGUAUGAAUUCCGUAAUAAAUGGAUGGCCUUGAUCAGAAGACGCAUCUUGCACUCCGUACCAGGAAAUCCAAGCCUUAAGGACACCCGUCAUAAGACCUUAUCUAGCAUCACCUUCGCAUCAGUCCGCUCGGGAGAGGGCUUGAUGCUAAUUGAUCCAAACCAUCAAGCCUCUCUCGCCAGUCCCAGCAGUGACAGCUUGGCUGACAGCAAUACACUCGCCCUUAAAGAGAUCUCUUGA